AUGUCACACUCUCCAUCGCCGACGGCAAAGGCGACCAUCGAUCGCCAAUCCACAACGCCAUUCCUCCUCAACUUCUGCUAUCGAUCGGCAGGCUUCCACAAUCUGACCGAGUUUCCUGUACCGACACCUUCGAAUCCUCGACCUCAUCUACCCGCGCAUCUACAAAUAUACACAUGGAUGAGCUGUAGCUUGAAAGAGCUGGCUCACCUGUUGACACAGACACUGCCCCAGAUUUUGCCUGAGCCGAGUGUUGGUACCAGAUUGAGUUUCCGGCUGGUAUACCCAGAUGUACAUGCCCCGAGAGGUGGGGGCGGUCGACUUGAGACCGAUGGCAGGGGGAGAUAUUUGACGAAAGAGAUGGGCAGCGUGGUAGUAUCAGCACCUGAAUACUCCAAUGGAGAUGGAAAUGCAGCCAUCAGUUUAGAAGGUGAAGACGCAGACAAGACAUUAGAGGAUUUCAAAUUUGUGAUCGGAGACUAUAUUGACUGUGCAGUGUUUCCCCCCUUGAGUGAUGGUACUGUCGUUGGCCGGGGUCCUUUUCGUCCGCGUGGGGCAAGAGAGAAUGGAUACGGUCGAGUCAGAGGUGGAAACUAUGGUGGGCAAGGCGGACGAGGUGGUUACAACGGAAGUGCUCCAAGGCCAGGGGACUUUGUGGGUGGUGGCACGAUCCCCAGCGGUGAAUGGAGGCGGGGUGAGCGACUUCCAGAUGGCGGUGGAUUUCGUGGUGGCGGCAGAGGUGCUAGGCGAGGCUAUUGA